AUGCCCGUUGCAAAGGCUUGCGCGCCGUGCUACUACCAAAAGUCGAAAUGUACUUUCUCAGAAGGUAACCCGCAAUGCGACCGGUGUAUGAUGAAUGGCCGGGAUUGCGUCUUUGUGCGCCCCGUGCCGCGAUCGGCUGUCAAAGGCCGUUCCAAAGUCGCUAUACGGAACAAGAUCAUGGGUAUAAACGGCAAUGGCAAUGGUAACGUGCCAUGUCCUACGCCUGUUCCCCGAAAACCUAGCAUGCCUAGCAUAGUCUCGACGACAACGUCAGCCGUCACCCGCGUAAACCCAGCAUCGUGCGCAUCGUCACGAAAGCCCAGUGUCGCCUCUGUCACAUCGAAUGGCGCCGGCAGCCCGCCCGACGACACGUCCUCGGAAUCAUCGUCCGAUUCGGCUUCCAGCCCCCCGUCCAAAAUCCUCGAUUCCCUCAGCCCAUUUGGCAGCACGUUAGGUCGGUUGGAUCAUGUGGAACGGACGACACUCUCAAGGCUAUUGCACAAGUCCAACUUUAUGCAAUAUUUUAUCUCGCCGACAUUUGUCGACAGUAUGCAGCUCGACAUGACUGUCCAUUUGUUCUCCAUGUUUGACCAGGGCAAAGACGCCUACAUCGCAAUGUAUAGCGCCUUUGCCGCGGCCAUUGGACUGGAUACGGGCGAGUACGAUCCAGAUGUGAAUCUUCACCGAGGAGCAAUGGCCGUCGAGCAGUUGCGGUCAUGUCCUUUACCGACACUCAAGCGCGAAGAGCUGCUACCGUGGGCGGGACUGGGGCUGGGAAUCGUAUACUUUUCAAACAUGGCCCUCGGCACGAGCGCGGCACCGGUCCGUCGCUAUGUCCUGAGCCACAUCCGUCACCUCCUCGGAACAUCGCUGAUUUCCAGCGAGCGGACACAUUACAUUCUCGUUUUCAUGACGGCAGUCGACAUCAACGAGUGCCUCAUGCAACGCGAGCUGCCGGUUUGCGGGAUUGCUCCCCCGGAAGAUGGACACGUGGAUGCAUACCUGGGUGUUUGCAUGCCGUUACUACAGUAUUUGUACAAACUAAGCAGGAUUAGCUACAGCCUUUACCACGAAGUCGACGUCGACGAGCAGAAGCAGGCGCUGGAAGAUGUGCAGCAGGAAAUUGAGGCGUGGCAACCGCACAUUCCGCCAGACUUCACGAACCGAUUCACCACGAGCGAGGUCAUUCACAUGCUGGCUCAAAGCCGCAUCUACAAGACGGCAGCGCUUCUCUUCAUUCACAGAUUACGAUACAAGUUUGGCGAGAGGGACGACAUGGCAUCGGCAAUGGCAAAAAGCAUCAUGUCCGAUCUCAAGAUGACCCUGACGGUAUCGCAAGAGACGCAACGUUGCGUCAGCUUUCCCUACACUCUCGCAUCCAUCGAGGCGAAAGAUGCGGCCGAGAGAGAAACGGCGCUGGACACGGUGAAAUCGCUGAUGGACAGCUCCAACACCAAGUACCGCAAAAACAUGGAAGCUUUCCUCAAGGGCAUGUGGGAUGCCAGGGACGCCAACCCCGGCACGUCAUGGCUUGAUCUGGUACCUAAGCUUCCGCCGAUUUCGGUGGGCGUAUAG